CGAUAAUUAAAACUGAUAUUUUCGUACGUUCGUGAACAAUUAUUUGAUUUGAGCCAAAAUAUAAACAACCGAAAAUCAAAAUCUUCUUCGCGUUUCUCUCUCUAAAAUCACAAUGAGCACAAAUCAACACCAUGCAUCUCUCGGUAGAAGAACGUUGGAAGAAAUUAGGCAGAAAAGAGCUGCUGAAAGGGUGAAAAAGGUUUCUUCUGGAUCAGAUCUUAGCACUUCUUCUAGCCCUCCUGCUGCAGAUUAUGGUGGGAUCAAAAAAUCUGAUAGUGUUUCCAGAUUUUCGGAGAAUGAUAUUAGUAGUUUAGUAGCGCAACUGAAGGAUUUGCAAAAGAGGAACGCGGAGUUUGAGGAUGAUAAUAUGAGACUGAGCUCCAAGCUCCUGGCAAAGGAAGUGGAGUGUGAGACGUUGCAACAGCGUUUAAAUGAUCUGGAACAAAAUGCAGUACCGUCUUUGAGGAAAGCGCUUAAGGACAUUGCUAUGGAAAAAGAUGCAGCAGUAGUUGCUCGGGAGGAUCUAUUAGCACAGAUUCGGACUCUGAAAAAGCGUUUAAAAGAAGCUGAAGAAGAACAAUAUCGGGCUGAAGAAGAUGCAGCUUCUCUUAGAGCAGAACUGAAUUCUAUUCAGCAGCAAGCAUUCAAUGAAUCUGCUGGUGGCAUGGUUGCUAUGGGAAAAUCGCCAGAUCAAUUCCAAUCACUGGAAAAGGAGUUGGCUAACCUGAAGUUUGAGUUAGAAAGAGAAGCAAAAAUGAGGCAUCAGGAGCAACAAAAAUUAGCAGAAGAACAAGCUCGAGUUUCAGCUCUCAUGUCUGAAAAGCAAGAUUUGGAAUUGAAGCUUUCAGAACUGACAAAAACAUCAGAAGAAGCUGCUGGAAAAUCAUCAUUGAAUGUCUUUACCUUGCAAGACAAGGAGAAGCUGGAGGACCAGUUGCAUGCUAUGGCAGUAAUGGUUGAGCGAUUGGAAAGUGGGAGGCAGAAACUUCUGCUCGAGAUUGAUUCACAAUCUUCCGAGAUUGAGAAGCUCUUUGAUGAAAAUUCCAGUUUGUCAUCUGCUUAUGAGGAGGCCGUGGGGAUUGCAUCACACUGGGAGACUCAGAUGAAAGAAUGUCUCAACAAAAAUGAAGAACUUCGAAGUAUGAUAGAUGGGUUGAGAACAGAACAGAUCAAUAUUAUGUCAUCAAACAGCGGGAAGAUUAGUAAUGAUUCGUCUGAGACAAAUAACUUGGGAAAAAGUGAUACUGAACCAGCUAAUUAUACCGAUGAAGUACUGAACCUUAAGGGUCAACUGCUAAGGGAACAAAGCAAAGCAGAGAGUUUAGCUGCAGAAGUCAUGCAACUUUCUUUACAACUGCAACAAACGACACGCGCAUAUACUGGUCUUGCACGACUCUACAAACCUGUAUUGCGGAAUAUCGAAAGCAGUCUGAUGAAGGUGAAGAACGAUGGAGCACUCCUUGUGAAGUGAAUUGGGAACAAGUGAUACUCUUACAAGGGACCUUGUGUUUAUGAAUUUAUGAAUUCUUGAGUAGGAUUACGAUGUUGUGGUAUACUACAGAAAUAUGAGGAACAAAAUUGGUUGAUCUAUAUUUAUUUGUUGAUCACAAAUUCUUGAGAGACCAUCUCUAAUUUGGUCAGCCCAUUAUCAUCUUUUAGUUUAAUUAAAUUUUAGUGGGCUGGACGAGAUGUCUCUCAAAGAGACAGUCUUUCAGGAGACCGACUGUUUGUUGAUCUAUAAAUGGACCAGAAUGUAAGUUGUUGCCGAACCCAGAACUUUUGUAAAUUAGCCCCCCGUUGUAUAAUUUGCUUGAAAAUUUACUUUUUUAAAAUUCGCAAUUCGCUAAAAAUGGUAAAAAAAAAAAAAAAAAACUAGUAAUUUGCA